CGCGGAUUUGGUUCAUUUGGCUUUGGUUGACAAAUUCUAUUUCUAUGUGGCCUCGAUUUGUGGCUUAGAAUUGAAAGUUUGUAAUCCGUAUGCGGCACUCAACGAUUCCUCUCCAUCCAGCAAUGAAUCGCGAAGAGGACUACUCAUAUCUCGUGAAUAUAAAUCUUCAAUAUGCAGCAAAUUCCCUUCUCGAAUUGAGCCCAUUAUCAUAUCAACACAUUCCAUUGGAUGCAAUGGUUGUUCGAGCCAUUCACGGGCUGUGUUUUGAAGUAAGUUUACUAUUUAAAAAAUUUAUUUUCUUACAAAAUCCGCUUGUUUGGACAUUUUUCUGCUCUAAUGACGAAAUCAUUUGAGGGAAAAGUCGACAAGAAGGAGGUAUUUGGAGGGGUCUCCAUCCAAGUCCAAUCCAUUUGUGUAAAUGUGUAGUCCAAAAAUCCAGAAUUAUUUCUAGUUGAUUUCCCACUAAGCGCCAAUGUAAACGAUCUCCCUCAUCCGUUUCCUCUGUAUUUAGCGUCUUGCUUGAAUAGCAAUCUGGAUUGAAAAGUCCGUAGCGAAGAUUGCCAUUGGCCUCGGCAUUAGGACUAGGACCAACAUGUCGGAAGCAAUUUUGGUCCUCG